AUGACCUCCAGGACCCCUUCGUGGGUAACAGCCUGUGCCUAUGACUCUUACCGCAUUUUAAGACGCCUGCAGCGGGUUGUGGGGAAAAGUAAAGAAGUAGCAUUCCCGCACCCCCACGUUCCAGAAGCACAGAAGAUUGACCAUUCCAGAUACCUGAGUGGGCCUGGGACCUCGGCUGCCCGCGUGCCCCUUCCAGGCAGGCUGCUCGCUAAGAUGAGGGAUCUUCUUCAGUACGUCGCCUGCUUCUUUGCGCUUUUUUCUACUGGCUUCUUGGUUGUGGCCACCUGGACAGACUGUUGGAUGGUAAAUGCCGACGAUUCUCUGGAGGUGAGCACAAAAUGCCGAGGCCUCUGGUGGGAGUGUGUCACAAAUGUUUUUGAUGGAAUUCGGACCUGUGAUGAAUACGAUUCUAUUUUUGCAGAACACCCGUUGAAGUUGGUGGUAACUCGAGCAUUGAUGAUCACUGCAGACAUUCUAGCUGGGUUUGGACUUAUUACUCUGCUCCUGGGUCUUAACUGUGUGAAAUUCCUUCCUGAUGAACCAUCCAUCAAAGUCCGCAUCUGCUAUGUUGCUGGAACUACAUUGCUAAUAGCAGGUGCUCCAGGAAUCAUUGGAUCUGUGUGGUAUGCUGUUGAUGUUUAUGUAGAACGUUCUUCCCUAGUUUUGCAUAAUAUAUUUCUUGGCAUCCAAUAUAAAUUUGGUUGGUCCUGUUGGCUUGGAAUGGCUGGGUCUCUGGGUUGCUUUGUGGCUGGAGCUGUCCUCACAUGCUGCUUAUACCUCUUCAAAGAUGUGGGACCUGAGAGAAACUACCCUUAUUCUAUGAGGAAGGCUUCAACUGCAGCUAUUUCUAUGAGGAAGGCUUCAACUGCUGCUGUUUCUAUGAGGAGGGCUUCAACUGCUGCUGUUUCCAUGGCCAAAUCAUAUAAGACCCCUAGAACAGAGACCGCCAAAAUGUAUGCUGUUGAUACAAGGGUGUAAAGUCUGUGUCCACAGAUCAGUCUGUGUUUGUGUUCUUUAAUUAAUCAUUGUGUUAAGGUUAAUAAAAUAGUCUAUCAAUGUAGGAACUUUAGACUUCAUGCUCAGUUAAAUUAAUGACUCAGUUUAAUCAAAAAUUUUCAUUUUCCUCCUCCAUUCUCUUAUUCUUUCUACUCUCCUUUCUCACACACACACACAUACACACACACACAAUUCCCUUUAUUUAAAGACAACACUAGGGUAUAAUUUUUUUUCUUGUGA